AAAUUUGAUUGAUUGAUUAUUUGUUUAUGUAUGGCAGUACUGAGUUGUACAACAAUAUAUAACGUUCCAUUUGACUUAAAAGGCUAGCAUAUUCCUUGGGAGACCUUUCUUUAACCACUCUUUGUUCUGCAACCAUUUCCUCCAUUUUCACAUUGUUAUGGACCUUUCACGCAUCACGCUCCGUCCAUUCAGGCUGUCGGACGCGGAUGAUUUACUUCUGUGGGCAGGUGAUGAUCGAGUGACUCGGUCCAUCAGAUGGAAGACUCUGGCAUCAAAAGAGGAGGCAUUGACCUUCAUCGGGGAAGUCUGUAUACCCCAUCCUUGGCGUCGUUCGAUCUGUGUCGACGAUCUUUCGAAGGGUUUUGUAUCAGUUUUCCCUGGAUCAGGGGAUGAGAGAUGCAGAGCAGACAUAGGAUAUGCUUUAGCAGUUGAAUAUUGGGGCCAAGGCAUCACUACUGAGGCUUUAAAGUUGGCUGUUCCUCAGGUGUUCAAGGACUUCCCUGAAGUUUUAAGGCUCCAGGCUUAUGCUGCUGCGGAAAAUAUAGCCUCGCAAAGGGUACUGGAGAAAGCUGGGUUUCUGAAGGAGGGCACAUUGAGAAAGUAUAGCUAUCUCAAGGGGAAUUUAUGCGACUUGGUUGUUUACAGCUUCCUUUCUACAGAUAUCAAUCCAUCAGUCUAAUUUUCA